AUGUUCAAUAUUCAAAAUUCUCCUAAUCAUAGUGAAGUGGGUUCCACCUAAAAUUUUCAGUUGUAAGCUCCAUGUAUGACACAUUAAGGCUAGAGUAUCACUAAUUUCUGUAAACAACCUGGCUGCUUAAUGCCACUGUGUCCAAAGUGUAUCCCUUAGCAUCUGGAUAAACAUAGAUAAUAGGGACAGUUUGCAGACUUAGUCACUGUGGAUGAAAUGCAUGAGGAGACAUUGCAAUUGAUUAAUGCUUAAUUAACAAAUUUGAAUUAAGCCAUUUAGUUAUUAUAAUAAUUCAAAGAUUCAAAAACAGAUGCUCAUGGAAAAUUGCAUACAAAGCUGAAUAACUCAAAAUUGCGUGUUUAGCAAAUGGUUGAUUAAUUUUUUGAUGAAUUGUUGAACGAACUUGAUUAAGUGACUAAAACUGAUAGAACACAUUUAGAUGUUGAAUUAUAAUAAAUGGAAAGAUCUUUAAAUUCAAAAAUUCAGGAAUUUUAAUAGAUUGACUAAAAACUAAGAACUCCAAAAUAUCUCAAACAAAUCAUCUAAUUGCAAACAACCAAUUUCCUUCAAUAAACACAAUAAUAACGAGUCGAAUGUGAGGCAUUCAUUGAAGAAGUAUCAAAACACACAUUAGAUAUCUAAAUAGAUGAAUAAGAAUUGUACUUUUUGAAAAUAUAAUUGGCUUAAUAUGCCUCAAUAAAGAAUGCUGAAUAUUACAAAAAUUAAUAAAUUUAGUCCUCUGCGUCAAUUCCAAAAAACACAGCCUAUAAUCAUCCAUACUUAACAAGCGAUAUUUAAACAGCUAAGGUAGAGUAAUCACCAUAUAAACGAUUAGAACAACAAUUUUAGUAAGUCGGAGUAUCCAAUUUUACAAUAAAUUUACCAGACUAUUAUGAUCCACUAUGUAGUUAAAAAUAUCUACAUUACUUUACUGAUAAAUCCAUAUUUUUCUUAAAUUUGGAAUGGGUUUAAAAUCCAAGAUGGUAAGAAAUCAGAUUGAAUUGUUAAGUUCCAAUUAAAAGUUCUUCUGUGCGUUCGCAAUAAGGAGAUAUAUUUGUGAUCGGUGGCUAUAUUGGAAAUUAGCUGAGUUCCUAAAUUUUUAGAAUAGAUUUUAAAUAAUAAACUCUACUUUCAACUGAUCAACUUUAGUAUCCUCGACAUUCUUCAGCCCCAGUAUUCCUACAAAACAAAUUAUAUGUACUUGGAGGGUAAAAUUAGAGCGAAGAUUUGACUUCAAUUGAGGGUUUGGAAUUAUAAUUAAAUAAAUCAAGAUCAGUUUUAGAAACUAGAGUGACCCUACCGAAAAUGAAUUAAGGAGGUGCUAAUUUGUCAGUUUGCGCAUUUAGACAAUAUAUAAUAAAAUCAACUCCAUUAGAAGUGUUUGAUACUAAACUAUUAAAAUGGACAUCCUUAAAUCAUAAUAUAAACAGGGGAGUUGGAAUUGUGGCUAUAAAUAAUUCUAAUGUUUUAAUAUUUGGAGGUGGACAAUAUUAAUUAUUGAAGAUGGUGGAUCAAUAGAAUUUAUAAUUUGCAAUUGAGAAUCUAACAAAUCCUCCUUAGAUUGGCCAGAUACAGAAUGGUAGUUUGAUUCAUUUAGGGAAAAUUUAUGCUGUAACAAGCAGCUACAACUUCAUAAUUGGAACACCUGAUGGGUGGACAUUAUGA